CUUCAGAUUUAUUGUGCCUUUGAUACUGACUGGAGAAUUGUUUGAAUUCCUUUCCAUCUCACAAAGCUUCACACGCUGAACAGAGUUGCAGCAUCAUGAACAUGGCUAUUACUUCUUGUCUUGGCAGAAACCAACCCAGAGUGGCUCACUGGGUCACGGCUCUCUCACAGAUGCUGGGGCCACGCAGCAGCAGCAGCAGACGGGUGAAGCAGAAGCCUCGGAGCAUCCAAGAGCCAUGCUGACAGCGCCGUUUUCGGGCAACAUCUCCAUUGGGAAACGUCUCUUGUGGGAGAGUGACAUGGGGCAAGCGUUCUGUGAAGGCGGCCUCAACUACUCUGACGGCUACCUGUGGGUUCCCGAGGAGGGCUACUACAACCUCAUGCUGCAGAUCACCUACAAGCACACCAAGGAAACCAGCGCCAGCCAGAUCUACCACCUGUCUUACACGGCGUGGGUCAUAUCUGGAGACUACAAGAAAAACGUCCCGCUCAUGACCGUGCAGGACUCCAUGAAUGGCAGCAUGAAGGCCUGGUCCAAGUCCCUCCACGUCAGCAGACUUCUGCACUUGGCGGCCGACAGCAAACUGAUGGUGACUUCCUCACACACUUCUCUGAUUGGUCUGAACGAAGACGAGACGUUCUUUGGUGUGGAGCGGAGUCCGCGGUGAACCGGCUUCACACUAGGGGUGGGAGAUAACGUGUCGCACGCCAUAUACUCUUUUGCAGUCGGCCCGCCCCAUUAUUUGAGAAGGACUCCUUUAUGCUAACGUGGCUCAGCGAUGGACGCUAGCUGUCACGACAGCGGUGCCAAUGACUGCAGUGCAAAGCGUGACAUCAUCUGGAUGCAGCGCCACUGACACUACAAAAUGUCCUGCUGAUGGUACCAACAAAUUUGACCCUAAGAAUCAUAUUUGGGAAGCCAGUGCCGCCGCCUCACAUGCCGAGACGGUGCUGAGAAAGUAGCAAGAGAGAACAGCCAGUCCUUCAUUCUGUCGUAAAAUGAAGAGGAAAAAAAAGUGUGAUGGCUUCAGAGGGAGGCGUUUGUUGAUGCAGUCAUGAAGAUUGUUGUUGUGACACGCCCGCAGGACUGGAGGGAAAAGAUCUGUGCCUCACUCUAAGUGAAAGCAUCCAUAAAGGCUGAGUCACCAACAACAAAGACCUCACCCUAACCCACGUUCAUCUCACCGUUGUAAAGCAGCGCGAUAAAGAAGUGAUGUCAUGUGACGAGCAACAGCAGCUCGGCUCUCUUGGCUCCUCCACUUCUAAACAAUGAGCAUCCUGAAUUCAUGAAUGAGCUCAAACGUACAGCAGCGUCUCUCGAGUGCUGAGCCGCGAGUGAGGAGGCCUUCGCAGCACCAUCAACUCCUGUGACUAAAGGGGUCGGGACAACAGGGCGCCUUCGCUUCUAGCUUUUCUACUUGUCAGUGUUAUUUUUCACUUGACUAUUAAAGUUUGCAGAUUGA